UUGACAUGAUGGCGGGAUGACAAAACUUCCUUUUAAAUCAUAGUGCUGUAAAAUAAUUGUUGCUGAUAAUAAUGAAGCGCAAACGUGAACAGUCUAAAGGAGUACAAAAGGUUACAAAGUUUUUCAAGGCAUUAACACAUCAAGGUGCUUCUUAUAAACAGAGAGUCAGGUUAGGGGGAGAUUCAGAAGCAUCAGUAAUUGCAUGUGAUACAAGUUCUUUCUGCAAGUCUAGUAACUCCCUGUCCUUUGACAGAUGUGCAGACCCUGUCCAUACUCCAGUAGUUGGUGCAGAGCUUUGCUCUCCCUUUAGUGCUAGUGUAGUUACAGGUGCAUCAAGUGAUGUCAAAUCAAUGAUGAACAAGCAUUCUUUUAGAAGAGGAAAGUCGAGUAACCACAAGCGAUUAUCUUGGCAUUCACAAAGAAGAACAUCAGUUCAUACUGCUACAUCUUCUAACCUUUUGGACCCCUUCAGACAAAAUGUCAGGAAUAGAAAUUACACUUCCCAGUCUCUGGACACAUGCUCAGAUAUAGACUACUACAGGCAACCCUUCUGGACCCCUUACUUCAGUGCUGAAAACUUGGCAACAUAUCAAUAUGAUAACGUGACGCAGACUUUCCUGAAUGACAACUGUGAAAAAUAUGGGUUGGAUGUAAAUUAUGUAGAUCACUAUCAACAAAAAAACAGAGAACUCUAUAAGAUACGGCAUCCAGAAACAGAGACUAAUUAUAUCUUUGAUGAUUAUUAUGCCCCCAUGCCUUGUUCACAUGCUUUACUAAGUGAUAAGCAGAAACAACCCACAUGUGGCAAGUCUCCAUUGAAUGAAAAUACAACUGUCAUGCCCUCAAAUGAAAAUAUUGAUAUUGAGCACAGAUCAGAAUUUUUUAAGCAUGAUAAACAUACCAGUAGCACAAGUGGUAUAGAUUGUAAGAAAAAAGAUACAGAGAAUCAACUUGCCAUAAUGGAACUGGAUUUACCAAGCAGCAGCCAGGCUAGAGAAAAGAAGAGGUAUACUCCAGAUUUGUUAGGCUCCGGGGAUAAUCCCAAGGUAUCACCACAGAUUUUUAAUGAAGGAGAAGAAAAUAAAAGCAAAGAGAUGUUGGUGCACAAUAGUGAAAUAAAUUUACCCAAAAUUAGCUGUCAUCAAGCUCAGGCAGCUUGUGAUGUGAAAUCUGCUGGUUUCCAGGAACUUGAUCAAGGACAAGAUGUUUCCAAUCAGCGUCAUCUACAUAGUAUAGAUGCAGGUCCCAGUAAAAAAGAGAGAGGAGAUGCUAAUUCAAAAUGUGACAUGUCUAGGGAAACCAGUCCUGGUGAAGAUAUAACCUCAUCAGUUCAGAAUGCCUUGCUGACCAUGAAACAUAUAAACUUCAGUAAUAAUGACAGAGAGGAUGUUUCCAAGAAACUAUGUCAAGAUCACUCAGACCAAGGACUUUGCGAUUUGUCUGAAGAUGGAGACAUAAGUAAAAUUGUGCCGAAAAAAAGUCCAAACGGUCGUAUCAACAUCGGAAACAGCUCAGUGUAUGGUGAAAAGAUGACUGGUAAAUCUGUGGAGACUACUGGACAGCCCUCUGAAAGGGAUGGUUCAUCUGAACUAAAACCUGUAACAGAUGGCAUUUUAAGUCAUUUUCUAAACAUGUCCCCAGCAUCAGAAGGGGAAAUCAUUGACAAACAGAAGCAUGAGCAAUUUUCACAGACAGUGUAUUUGACAGAUACCAUUGAGUUUCCCCCACAAGAGCAAAGUUCCAAGCCCAAAGCCGCAAGUCGCAUUUCUGUCAGAAAUCAUUCAUUAGAAUCAAAAAUUGGCCAACACAGUUCAAGACAGAGACACCACAGUUAUGAGCAUGGUAAAACCAAAAGUAAGGGAAUUCAAGGAAAAAAAAGGUUCAGACACCCUAGCAGUGACUUGCAGAAGGUUAAAUAUUUUCAAGACCGACAUGGUGGACAAUCUGGCAAGCAAUUUAAAGGUGAACCUUCCCAUUGUUCUUCAGACACUACUAGAGGUGAUCUGCAUGGCAGCAACAUGAAGAGAAUGCAAGAAAUCAUGCCAAAGAAACUCCUUUCCCCCCUUGCUUUACCAGAGCACAUUGCACAAGCUCUGGAGGCAAGUCGCAGAAACAGUUUUAGUUUGGAAAAAGAAAAGUCAAACAAAGAAAAAGCAGCUGCUGAUGGUGGACAAGCACAACUACCAUCAUCAAAGACAGUUGAACGAACAAACUCAUUUGCCAUGAUCGAAGCAGAAUUUGGUGGCAGUAAUUUAAGUGGUGGUGAUAGUCCCUCAUAUGGGUCUGAGGAUGGACACCAAGAUGGAGUGACCUCAGAAAUGACCACCAGGAAAACCAACAAAGAUCCUAUCGUUCAAAGGUUAAAGCCAGACAACCUUAAGUCUGCCUUGAGUAAAUUAAGACUGUUGACAAAAUCUGCUAUAGGGACUCCACAGAAGUUGCAAAGGGGUGGAGAAGCAGAAGCCUCUGACUCUUGCCCUGAAACAGUGGACUCCAACACAUUCAGUGGCAUAUCCAAGGGAACAACUAAUGCAAUGAGGAAACAAAACAUGGGAAAACAACACAAUCAGGCUGGUUUCAUGGACAAUUCAUUUGAUCUAACACACACUGACAGCCCUAAUGGCAGUGAUUCAGAUGAAGAUGAGGAUUUACCUCAAGUGCCAUUUUCCAUCUUAGAAGCCAGCACAAGACCUGUGCCUGGUACACCUACCAAAGACUUAGAGCUUGAAGAUGACCCUUCUCCAACAAGAGAUAUAGCGUUUCCUACUGUGGCUUCUCCAAACUACCUAUUUUCCUUAGAUGGACUCUUGGAGGAGAAGACAGAAAAGGAAAUGGAAAAUCAAGAGUUGUCAAGAAUGGAAAGGGAAUUAUUGGAAGGUAUACGUCAGGGUGGCAUGAAGUCUGUAGUAGAUCAAGAAAAUGAAUGUGAGCAGGAAGAAGAAUUACUUCCCCAGCACAAGGAAAUGUUAGAAAAAUUGAUGGCAUGCCCCCCGCAGAUAAAACCUACACAUCCGGGAGAGACCAUUUUUCACCACAAGCUAUACGGUCAGCUGUAUAGCUACCCAGAGACACUGACCCUCCCAAACUGUGGCUUUGUAGCAGGGAAAAGCUAUGUGGAUAAGAACCUUGUCAAGUUUUCCAGCAGCACCAGUGAUCCAGGUCUUUUGCUGGAGAUGUUGACCUGUGACGUCAUUCAGCUGUGUUUCCGCUCAAUAGCAUGUCCACAGGUCUUUCUGGAGUGGCUAUUUCAGCUCAUGGCUGUCCACCCUAACAGACUUGUCAGCCAAGGUGCAUAUAACAUCUUCCAUGAAGUUCUCCACCACAAGACGUAUGCUGAAGGCUGGGUGCCCUCUCUGAACCUGUUAACACGGGUGUUCAUUAACUAUGGUGCCACAUUAGAUGAUCUUUUCCCAUCUCCAAGCUUGCAACCAGUACAGGAGGGAGACCUGAGGAGAGACUGUGACAAACCAAAUGUGCAUUUUACCACCAAGAAGCAAAUAGAUGAACACCGAGAGGCAGCUGAUGAUGCAUCAACACACACCAACAAAAUACGCUACUGUAGGCCAAACUUGCAAAAGGUGUUGCAGAUACUUACAUUUGCUGUUCAGAAAAGGCCAUCCAGUUAUAGCAGCAGUGAACUUCUGUCAGUGGCAGCCCUCUUGGCCAGAGUGUCACUAGAUGAACAGAUCAAUUAUCGUCUGCUGGAGUAUGACUUCCAGGUCGUGAUGACAUCAUUGUUAGAUGCUUUCCCAGCAGAAGACUGGCCUCAACAGGCAAUAGAACUGUGCAGUGUUAUGUGUGGGCUAAGUGAGCAUCAUCACAGCAAAGUACACUUGGUACAGAAUAUCUGGCCUGUCACCGAGAGAGGGCUGUAUCUACAGCGCAGACUGGCCUACGCCAUGUUGAAAAAUACAGUCCAGGGCAGUGUGGAAUUUUCUGAUGUUACCGAGUUCAAAGUGAGUUAG